AUGUCUUGUGAGAGGAAAGGCCUUUCGGAGCUGCGAUCGGAGCUCUACUUCCUCAUCGCCCGGUUCCUGGAAGAUGGACCCUGUCAGCAGGCGGCUCAGGUAGNNNCACGCGGCGUCCUCUCCCCGCAGCUGCUGCCCCGGCGCACGGACUGGACCGGGAAGGAACACCCCAGGACCUACCAGAAUCUGGUGAAAUACUACAGGCAUUUAGCACCUGAUCACUUGCUGCAAAUAUGUCAUCGACUUGGACCUCUUCUUGAACAAGAAAUUCCUCAAAGUGUUCCUGGAGUACAGACUUUAUUAGGAGCUGGAAGACAGUCCUUGCUACGCACAAAUAAAAGCUGCAAGCAUGUUGUGUGGAAAGGGUCUGCUCUGGCUGCAUUGCAUUGUGGAAGACCACCUGAGUCACCAAUUAACUAUGGCAGCCCACCCAGCAUUGCGGAUACUUUGUUUUCAAGGAAGCUGAAUGGGAAAUACAGACUUGAACGUCUAGUUCCAACUGCAGUUUAUCAACACAUGAAAAUGCAUAAACGGAUUCUUGGACACUUGUCAUCUGUGUACUGUGUAACUUUUGAUAGAACUGGCAGGCGAAUAUUUACUGGAUCUGAUGACUGUCUAGUGAAAAUCUGGGCAACAGAUGAUGGGAGAUUGCUAGCUACUUUAAGAGGACAUGCUGCUGAAAUAUCAGACAUGGCUGUAAAUUAUGAGAAUACCAUGAUAGCUGCUGGAAGUUGCGAUAAAAUGAUCCGAGUCUGGUGUCUUCGAACAUGUGCUCCUUUGGCGGUUCUUCAGGGCCACAGUGCAUCCAUAACAUCCCUACAGUUCUCACCAAUGUGCAGUGGCUCAAAGAGAUACCUGUCUUCUACUGGGGCAGAUGGCACGAUUUGUUUUUGGCUCUGGGAUGCUGGCACCCUUAAGAUAAAUCCAAGACCUGCAAAAUUUACAGAGCGUCCUAGGCCUGGAGUUCAGAUGAUCUGUUCUUCUUUUAGUGCUGGUGGAAUGUUUUUGGCUACAGGAAGCACAGAUCAUAUUAUAAGGGUUUAUUUUUUUGGAUCGGGUCAGCCAGAGAAAAUCUCAGAAUUGGAAUUCCAUACGGACAAAGUUGACAGUAUCCAGUUUUCCAACACUAGUAACAGGUUUGUGAGUGGAAGUCGUGAUGGUACAGCUCGGAUAUGGCAAUUUAAACGGAGAGAGUGGAAGAGCAUUUUGCUGGAUAUGACUACUCGCCCAGUAGGCCAAAACAUUCAAGGAGUAGAAGAUAAAAUUACAAAAAUGAAAGUAACCAUGGUAGCUUGGGAUCGACAUGACAACACCGUUAUCACUGCAGUUAAUAACAUGACUCUGAAAGUUUGGAAUUCUUACACUGGUCAGCUAAUUCAUGUCCUGAUGGGUCAUGAAGAUGAAGUAUUUGUUCUUGAACCACACCCAUUUGAUCCUCGAGUUCUCUUUUCUGCUGGUCAUGACGGAUAUCUCAUAGUGUGGGAUCUGGCAAGAGGAGUCAAAAUUCGAUCAUAUUUCAAUAUGAUUGAAGGCCAAGGACAUGGUGCAGUAUUUGACUGCAAAUGCUCUCCUGAUGGCCAGCAUUUUGCAUGUACAGACUCUCAUGGACAUCUCUUAAUAUUUGGCUUUGGCUCCAGUAGCAAAUAUGAUAAGAUAGCAGAUCAGAUGUUUUUUCAUAGUGAUUACCGGCCCCUUAUCCGUGAUGCUAACAAUUUUGUAUUAGAUGAACAGACUCAGCAAGCACCUCAUCUCAUGCCUCCCCCUUUUUUAGUUGAUGUUGAUGGUAACCCUCAUCCAUCAAGAUAUCAGAGAUUAGUUCCUGGUCGUGAAAAUUGCAGAGAGGAGCAGCUCAUCCCCCAGAUGGGAGUAACUUCCUCAGGACUGAACCAAGUUUUAAGUCAGCAGGCGAACCAAGAGAUCAGCCCAUUAGACAGCAUGAUACAAAGACUUCAGCAAGAGCAGGACUUGAGACGCUCUGGUGAAGCAGGUGCCAGCAACACCAACCGUUUAAGUAGAGGCUCUGUGAGUUCUACCUCAGAGGUCCAUUCACCACCAAAUAUAGGACUGAGGCGGAGUGGACAAAUUGAAGGUGUACGGCAGAUGCACAGCAACGCACCAAGAAGUGAAAUAGCCACAGAGAGGGAUCUUGUAGCUUGGAGUCGAAGGGUAGUAGUACCUGAGCUAUCAGCUGGGGUAGCCAGUCGGCAAGAAGAAUGGAGAACUGCAAAGGGUGAAGAAGAAGUUAAAAUUUAUAGAUCAGAAGAGAAAAGAAAACACUUCACUGCUCCAAAAGAGAAUAAAAUACUUAAUCUUUCAAAGAAUCAUGCUCAUGAGAACUUUGUAGAUCUUGGAGAAUGCAAAAAGCAACAAGCAAAUCAACACAAUUAUCGUACCAGAUCUGCUUUGGAAGAGCCCAGUAGACCUUCAGAAGAGAUAGAAAAUGGCACCAGCUCUUCAGAUGAAGGUGAGGUGGUUGCUGUCAGUGGUGGGACAUCUGAAGAGGAAGAAAGAGCAUGGCACAGUGAUGGCAGUUCCAGUGAUUACUCCAGUGAUUAUUCUGACUGGACAGCAGAUGCAGGAAUAAAUCUUCAGCCGCCAAAGAAAGUGCCUAAACAUAAAACUAAGAAAGCAGAAAGCAGUUCAGAUGAUGAAGAUGAAUCUGAAAAACAGAAGCAAAAACAGAUCAAAAAGGAACGGAAAAAAGUAAAUGAAGAAAAAGAUGGACCAACGUCACCAAAGAAAAAGAAGCCCAAAGAAAGAAAGCAAAAGAGAUUGGCUGUGGGAGAACUGUCAGAAAAUGGACUGACAUUAGAAGAAUGGUUGCCUUCAACGUGGAUUACAGAUACUAUUCCUCGAAGAUGUCCGUUUGUGCCACAGAUGGGUGAUGAGGUUUAUUACUUCCGACAAGGACAUGAAGCAUAUGUUGAAAUGGCUCGGAAAAAUAAAAUCUAUAGUAUUAAUCCAAAAAAGCAGCCUUGGCAUAAGAUGGAACUACGGGAACAAGAGCUGAUGAAAAUAGUUGGCAUAAAGUAUGAAGUGGGAUUGCCUACCCUUUGCUGCCUUAAACUUGCUUUUCUAGAUCCUGAUACUGGUAAACUGACUGGCGGAUCAUUUACAAUGAAAUACCAUGAUAUGCCUGAUGUUAUAGAUUUCCUAGUCUUGAGACAGCAGUUUGAUGAUGCUAAAUAUAGGCGGUGGAAUAUAGCUGUAUUUCCUGAAGAACUUGGUACUAGUGUUCCUUUAACGGAUACUGAAUGCAGAUCAUUAAUUUAUAAACCUCUUGAUGGAGAAUGGGGUUCCAAUCCUAGGGAUGAAGAAUGUGAAAGAAUUGUAGGAGGAAUAAACCAAUUGAUGACACUUGAUACUGCUUCUCCAUUUGUAGCCCCUGUGGAUCUUCAAGCCUAUCCCAUGUAUUGUACUGUAGUGGCAUAUCCAACGGAUCUAAGUACUAUUAAACAAAGACUGGAAAACAGAUUUUACAGGCGAGUCUCUUCUCUAAUGUGGGAAGUGCGAUAUAUAGAGCAUAAUACUCGAACUUUCAAUGAGCCUGGAAGCCCUAUUGUAAAAUCUGCUAAAUUUGUCACUGAUCUUCUUCUACAUUAUAUAAAAGAUCAAACUUGUUAUAAUUUAAUUCCUCUCUACAACUCAAUGAAGAAGAAAGUUUUGUCUGACUCUGAGGAAGAAGAGAAAGAUGCUGAUAUUCCAGGAACAUCUACCCGAAAAAGGAAGGAUCAUCAGCCUAGAAGAAGAUUACGGAAUAGAGCUCAAUCUUGUGAUAUCCAAGCAUGGAAAAAACAAUGUCAAGAAUUGUUAAAUCUCAUAUUUCAAUGUGAGGACUCUGAGCCUUUCCGCCAGCCAGUCGAUCUCCUUGAAUAUCCAGACUACCGAGACAUCAUUGACACUCCAAUGGAUUUUGCUACUGUUAGAGAAACUUUAGAGGCUGGGAAUUAUGAAUCACCAAUGGAAUUAUGUAAAGAUGUCAGACUUAUUUUUAGUAAUUCCAAAGCAUAUACCCCAAGCAAAAGAUCAAGGAUUUACAGCAUGAGUUUGCGCCUGUCUGCUUUCUUUGAAGAACACAUUAGUUCAGUUUUAUCAGAUUAUAAAUCUGCUCUUCGUUUUCAUAAAAGAAAUACAAUGACCAAAAAGAGGAAAAAAAGGAACAGAAGCAGUUCUAUUUCCAGUAGUACUGCAUCAAGCCCUGAAAGGAAAAGAAAGAUCUUAAAACCUCAGCUUAAGUCAGAUAUCUCUACCUCUCCAUUCCCUACACCUACACGGUCGGUACCACCCAGAAAUAAUGCUGCUCAGAUGAAUGGUAAAAUAGAAUCCAGUUCUGUGGUUCGAACCAGAAGCAACAGAGUGGCUGCAGAUUCACUUAUUGCUGAACAACCAUCUACUUCUUCAGCUGCAAAAACUUUUAUUCCAAAAGCAAAUACAACAGCAGUACCAGGAAAAACAAUACUAGAGAAUUCUGUGAAACAUUCCAAAACUUUGAAUACUGUCUCAAGUCCUGCUCAGUCCAACUUCAGUCAUGGCACUAGGACUAAUUCUACAAAAGAAUACACAGAAAAGGAAAAGCCAGUCAAACGUAAAAUGAAGUCAUCUGUACUCGCAAAGGCAUCCAGUCUUUCAAAGACAUCAGCAGUCAUUGAGCAAGAUUGUAAGAACAGCACUCAUCUUCCAGGAACCAUUCAGCUAAAUGGCCAUGGAGGGCAGACAUCAAAACUUGUCAAGAGGGGACCUGGAAGAAAACCCAAGAUAGAAGUUAACACAAGCAGUAGUGGUGAAAUUGUACAUAAGAAAAGGGGUAGGAAACCCAAAAACCUCCAGUAUCCAAAGCCUGAAAAUUCACAGCAAAACAAUGCACAUCCCAUCAGAGAUGAAGUAGUUUCUUCUUCAGCAUGUAGUUUUUCUUCUGAACCUACUAUUGUAAAGGAAGAUUUGUUACAGAAAAAGAGUCGAGGAGGCAGAAAACCCAAACGGAAGACACCAAAAUUAGACUCAGAUAUUAUGGUUCCUACAAGUGUUAAAAUGUUAAGAAGAAGUAACCGGAAAAAGACAGAUGAUCCUGUGGAUGAGGAAGAAGAGUUUGAGGAACUUAAAGGCUCUGAACCCCACAUGAGAACUAGAAACCAAGGCCGCAGGACAGCUUUCUAUAAUGAGGAUGACUCAGAGGAGGAGCAAAGGCAGCUGUUGUUUGAAGACACCUCUUUGACUUUUGGAACUUCUAGUAGGGGACGAGUCCGAAAGUUGACUGAAAAAGCAAAAGCUAAUUUAAUUGGUUGGUAA